GGGGACUUCCGGUGCGCGGGGUGCGGUUCCGGGUCGUGGCGCGGUUCGGGGCAACAGGGCUGCUGCUCGGCCGGCCGGCGGCGGCGAGCAGUGGGGGCAUGAGGGCGAGUCGGGAAAGCGGCAGUUGAGUCGGCGGGGAGGAGCGCCAGUCCCCGAGGAUUCCGAGAGUGCGGAGCUCGGGGCAGGGGCCGGGAGGCGCGGGGAAGCCGGGCCCUUCCCUCAGGAACGUGUCCCGAGGCCGACCCGGCCCGUAGUGUGGCAGCAGCAGCUUCAGGUGUGUUCGUGGACAAGUUUGAGAGGCACUAUACCGUACCAGGCUCCCUUUAACUGGAUCUUGGCAGAUGCUCAAAGAUUAGAACGACUCCGAAAAGAGAGACAAAACCAGAUCAAAUGCAAAAAUAUUCAGUGGAAAGAAAGAAAUUCUAAGCAAUCAGCCCAGGAGUUAAAGUCACUGUUUGAAAAAAAGUCCCUCAAAGAGAAACCUCCAAGUUCUGGGAAGCAGUCAAUAUUAUCUGUACGACUAGAGCAGUGCCCUCUGCAGCUGAAUAACCCGUUUAAUGAGUAUUCCAAGUUUGAUGGCAAGGGUCAUGUAGGCACAACAGCAACCAAGAAGAUUGACGUCUACCUCCCCCUGCACUCGAGCCAGGACAGACUGCUGCCAAUGACCGUGGUGACAAUGGCCAGCGCCAGGGUGCAGGACCUGAUCGGGCUCAUCUGCUGGCAGUACACAAGUGAAGGACGGGAGCCGAAGCUCAAUGACAAUGUCAGUGCCUACUGCCUGCAUAUUGCUGAGGAUGAUGGGGAGGUUGACACAGACUUCCCCCCACUGGAUUCCAACGAGCCCAUUCAUAAGUUCGGCUUCAGUACUUUGGCCCUGGUUGAAAAGUAUUCAUCUCCUGGUCUGACAUCCAAAGAGUCACUCUUUGUUCGAAUAAAUGCUGCUCAUGGAUUCUCCCUUAUUCAAGUGGACAACACAAAGGUCACUAUGAAAGAAAUCUUGCUUAAGGCAGUGAAGCGAAGAAAAGGAUCCCAGAAAAUUUCAGGCCCUCAGUACCGCCUGGAGAAGCAGAGUGAGCCCAAUGUCGCCGUGGACCUGGAGAGCACUUUGGAGAGUCAGAGCGCAUGGGAGUUCUGCUUGGUCCGAGAGAACAGUUCAAGGGCAGACGGAGUUUUUGAGGAGGAUUCACAGAUUGACAUAGCUACAGUACAGGAUAUGCUUAGCAGCCACCAUUACAAGUCAUUCAAAGUCAGCAUGAUCCACAGACUCCGAUUCACAACCGAUGUCCAGUUAGGUAUCUCUGGAGACAAAGUAGAGAUAGACCCCGUUACGAAUCAAAAAGCCAGCACUAAGUUUUGGAUUAAGCAGAAACCCAUCUCAAUCGAUUCUGACCUGCUCUGUGCCUGUGACCUUGCUGAAGAAAAAAGCCCCAUGCCCACUGAAUUGGGGAACAAAUGUUAUAAGGAAUGACAUACUCAAAAGGAACAAUAACUAAGAAAUGUAAAGGCCAGCAAGUGUUUAUAAUAUGGUUCGAGUUUUUGAGGUAAUACCGACUAAAGAGGGAUCUAAAGAGCACAGACCCCCCUGAGGGGGUCCUAUGGACAGGGCAUCUGCCACAUUGCCUCAUUUAUGGGUGGGUGUUUGUUUUGUCAAAUCUAGCUGUGCUAGGCUACAUAGUCUCCUCCUUUCAACCCAGUAGUCUCCAGCUUGGGAAGAAGGGAGAACUUAGUGGUACAGGGGGAAAGGGAGCAGGCCAUGCCCAGCCGCUCCCCCCUCCUGCCAUUCCUGUUAUCCCAGUGAGGGGAUUCUGCAAGAUGGCUGCCAGAAGGGGCUGGUGAGGAAAUUGCUUACUGUUCUUGGCCCCUCGCCUCUGCCUCUAGAUAAACAUCUUCUUCCUAAUUCCUCUCACUCCAGCUUAUCAGCCAAUAAAGAUGUCAUUAUUCUAGCAUCUUUCUUCCCAAGAAUCUGGAUGCUUUGAAAAGUAACAUUUUGCAAAUUCUCCAUGUCUCUGAGAAAUGAAAGGCAAUCACUUACAUGUUGCAUAGAGGGAUAAGCUGGAGUAGAAAGAUUAGGGGAAAAACUCGAAACAGGAUUUGGAUUUCCUUUACACUCAUACCAAGACACUCACUUGCCAAGGAAGGCUGUGUGUGGUUCAGGCACUGAAAGGUGAGGGGUGUAACACACCCUAUCUAAGAGUCAGGGGGAAGGAAGAACAGAUGCACAGCCACCACCUCCCAGUUGCCUCUUGCCAUCAGGCCAUCAGGAAGUAAGUAUUACCCAUCUCUGAGAGCGAUGCCAAGUUCCAAGCCGUGGAGAUGCAGAGCUAACGUGGGGCCCACCAUUUCAAUAUUGGAAUCCCACAAGAGAGUCUUCUGUCUUAUUUUCAGACCUACUGGGUGGUUCUUUGUAAAAACUGCACAUGUGAGUCUUAAAGAGGUUUCCUUCCCUCUCACUCUGGCUCCAGAAAACUAGAAAUUGUGAUUUCCCUCAACAAAGAGGCGCACUGCCCCAGUCAGACAUUUCCCAAGUCCCUGUGCCCCAUCACAGUGCUUUCCAAACUGUGUUCCUCAGAUCUCUAGGUUCUCAGGGGACGUCAGAGGCCUGGGGGUGGGGGAAGGGGCAGGUUUGGGCAUAAGGCGUUCCCUUCAGCCAAUAGAGUGUUACUUUGAGUGUUACUUUUUUCCAUUUUGGGAUUCUGCAUUUAAAAAGUCAACCUUAAAAAAAGAUUUUGCUGCUUAAAAAAAAAAAAGGUUUAAAAGUUGCAGGCUCACAGAAUAGAAUCCAGACUCGUCAGCCUGGGAGUCUUUACAGACAUUGACCACUCCAGGCUCAUAGCCCAUAAUUUCCCAUCUGAACUUGGGCUGUGGUCACUGUGAACUAUUUGCACACAAACACACCUCGAACUCUGUGCUGCUGCUGUUCCCAUUGCCUAGAAUACACCUCCCCGCUGACCCUCCGUCUAACUGACAAGCACCUCCAGUUCCUCAUGGCUGGCUCACUCAUUUUUCAAGGUCCAGCUCUAGUGUCAGGCUCUCUCUGUAACUUUGUCCCCAGGAGUUUGCCCACACCUCCAGCACAGCACCUUUCAAACUGCUGUAUUUAUUGACUUGAAGUCUGCCCCUCUCUCCCCACCCCCAUCUCUGUGCUCAACUGAUCCGGGAAGGUUCCUGUAUCCUCAUCCCUAACACAGUGCCUGCAGGGUUGUCCUCAGUGAAUGUUUGCUGUCUUCAAACAGAACUUAAUGAGGCCAGAAUUUAGAAACCAAAAGUUUCUCGGCAUAAUUUAUGUUGUAAAGUGCCCAAACAAAGAUGUAUUAA